GCCGCGCGAGUGUUGACGUGUAGAGGGGGCGGGGCCUAAGAAGAGUUGAGGGUUUCCACUUGCUCGCACCCGGCUGCAUAGGGCCAACUAUCUCUGCAGUCAUGGCUGUGCAUCGUUGCUCUGCACGGACCGUUACCUCCUCAGAUAAAAUGCAGAAAAACAAGUCUGCACGGACAUCAGGGCUCAGCCAGGGCAGCCGCAUGGAGAAACUUUUGGGGUUUGAAUGGACAGAUUUAUCUAGCUGGCAGAGUGUCGUGACCCUGCUUAACCGACCAACGGACCCCGCAAACCUGGCUGUCUUUCGUUUUCUUUUUGCGUUCUUGAUGCUACUGGACAUUCCCCAGGAGCGGGGCCUUAGCUCCCUGGACCGAAAAUACUUGGAUGGGCUGGACGUGUGCCGGUUUCCUUUGUUGGAUGCCUUGCGCCCUCUGCCGCUUGACUGGAUGUACCUUGUCUACACCAUCAUGUUUCUGGGGGCACUGGGCAUGAUGCUGGGCCUGUGCUACCGGCUAAGCUGUGUGUUAUUCCUGCUACCCUACUGGUACGUGUUUCUCCUGGACAAGACAUCGUGGAACAACCACUCCUAUCUGUAUGGUUUGUUGGCCUUUCAGUUGACAUUCAUGGAUGCAAACCAUUGCUGGUCUGUGGAUGGCCUGCUGAAUGCCCAGAAGAAAAAUGUCCAUGUGCCCCUUUGGAACUACACCGUCCUGAGAGGCCAAAUCUUCAUUGUAUAUUUCAUUGCGGGUGUGAAAAAGCUGGACGCAGACUGGGUUGAGGGCUACUCCAUGGAACAUUUGUCCCGGCAUUGGCUCUUUAGUCCCUUCAAGCUGGUGCUGUCCGAGGAGCUGACAAGCCUGCUGGUGGUGCACUGGUGCGGCCUUCUCCUCGACCUCUCGGCUGGCUUCCUGCUCUUCUUUGAUGCCUCAAGAUCCGUUGGCCUCUUCUUCGUGUCCUACUUUCACUGCAUGAACUCGCAGCUCUUCAGCAUAGGUAUGUUUCCCUAUGUCAUGCUGGCCAGCAGCCCCCUCUUCUGCUCAACUGAAUGGCCACGGAAACUGGUAGCCCGAUGCCCUAAAUGGCUGCAAGAACUGCUGCCUACCAAAGAUGCUCCUCGGCCCAGCCCUUGCUGUGUCUAUAAGAGGACCCGGGCCAAAGCUGGUACAAAGGUGGGGCUGCGCCACCAGCUGGGAGCCGUCUUCACCCUGCUCUACCUUCUGGAGCAGCUCUUCCUGCCAUAUUCCCACUUCCUCACCCAGGGUUACAACAACUGGACAAACGGGCUGUAUGGCUAUUCCUGGGACAUGAUGGUACACUCUCGCUCCCACCAGCAUGUAAAGAUCACCUACCGCGAUGGCCUCACAGGCGAGCUUGGCUACCUUAACCCUGGGGUAUUCACACAGAGCCGGCGAUGGAAGGACCAUGCAGACAUGCUGAAGCAAUAUGCCACUUGCCUGAGCCUGCUGCUUCCCAAGUACAAUGUCACUGAGCCCCAGAUCUACUUUGAUAUUUGGGUCUCCAUCAAUGACCGCUUCCAGCAGAGGCUUUUUGACCCUCGUGUGGACAUCGUGCAGGCUGUCUGGUCCCCCUUCAAGCGCACACCUUGGGUGCAGCCACUCUUGAUGGACUUAUCUCUCUGGAGGACCAAGUUACAGGAUAUUAAGAGCAGUCUGGACAACCACACUGAGGUGGUCUUCAUUGCAGAUUUCCCUGGGCUUCACCUGGAAAAUUUUGUGAGUGAAGACCUGGGCAACACUAGCAUCCAGCUGCUGCAGGGAGAGGUCACUGUGGAAUUGGUGGCAGAACAGAAAAACCAGACUCUUCAGGCGGGAGAAAAAAUGCAGUUGCCUGCUGGAGAGUACCAUAAAGUCUAUACUAUAUCAUCGACUCCCUCCUGCUAUAUGUACAUCUUUGUCAACACAACAGAGGUUGCACUGGAGCAGGACCUGGCAUAUCUGCAAGAAUUAAAAGAGAAGGUGGAGAAUGGAAGUGAAACAGGGCCCCUGCCUCCAGAACUUCAGCCAAUUUUGGAAGGGGAAGUAAAAGGGGGUGUUGAGCCAACACCUUUGGUCCAGACCUUUCUAAGACGGCAGCGUCAACGCCAAGAAAUCGAACGCCGGCGAAAUAGCCCUUUCCAUGAGCGACUCCUCCGCUUCUUGCUGCGAAAGCUGUAUGUCUUUCGACGCAGCUUCCUGAUGACUCGAAUUUCACUCCGAAAUCUGCUAUUAGGCCGCCCUUCCUUAGAGCAGCUAGCCCAAGAGGUGACAUAUGCAAACUUGCGACCAUUUGAACCAGUUGAUGAGUCAAGUGCUUCAAACACCGAUUCUUCAAACCCUAACCCUUCAGAGCCAGAUUCUGAGCAUGUUCACUCUGAGUUGUGAGGGCAGUCCAGAUGUUCUGUGCAGAUGUGGGGGCAUCCUGGAUAUUUUUAUUUGCAAAAAAAUGGUCUAUUUUGAGAUAGGGUUUCACAAUACUAUACAGGCUGGCCUGAGACUCAUGCUGUUCCCUCUGCUGAGCGUUUUGUGAUUACAUGAAUAUCACCAAACCUAGUUUUUUUUUUCCUUUUAUAUUCCCCACCCCUUAUAAGUACAAGAUGAUAGCUUACAGAAUCCAAGGCAACAGGGAAUUUGAAUCCCAAGAUUGAUGGCUCUUUUUAGAAGCAGUAUGAACUGUCUUCUUACAGCAAGGGAAUCUUUGUGUAGCCCUCACUGUCUUGGAACUCUCACCUUCCUCUGCCUCCCAAGUCCUGGGAUUAAAGGUGUGCACCACCAUUGCCUUGUUUAUAGUCAUUUUAAAGCUAGUUCUUUAGGAAAAGGAAUUUACCACAAUAACAGCUGAAACCAUGUGCUUGCUAUGUACCUGGAUUAUCAUACUUUGUACUUUAAGAGGUAUUGGCUUUAUUUUGCCUUUGAAGAAAGGAAAGCACGUAAAAUUCAUCCAAAGGCAUCCAGGAGUGGGUUGACAAUUUGAACUGCAAUUUGUUGGACUUAGGUCUUAUAUGUUGUUGCUUAAUAAUUUUCAGAACCACUGACAGUAAAGCUGAAGCAGUAUAGCUUAAAACUUGUAUUAACUCCAAGUGAUUAGGAUGAUCAGCUACUAAAUGCACAAAGUAAUGUUUUAUUUACAAUUCCUUUUUGUAGCCAGCAAGUUUUUCAGUAGCAGUGGUAUUAGAAUAGCACUACUAAAUAGGUAAGCCAGAUGGCUUUGGUAUAAAUCAGCUUAGUGAAUCACAGCUCUCUAAGCCAUGUUUUCCUUACAUUUGUCAAACCCCAUCACAUCUAUCUUCUGUUCAUCCUAUUUUUAUCUCUACUAUUGGCUUAUUCCUUCACCCUUUAUACUAGAGUCUAGUUACGGAUAGACCAAGGCAGACGCCCACCCCUUUUUUUCCCCAUAGGUUGAGCCCAAGUAUGGACAUCAAAAGUCCCUCUUAAUGCAUACAAAUCAUUGUAUAUAGGCUAUUGAUGGCCACGUACAGUAAACUCUGAUCCAAUUUUCUAACAGGGAAAACCGUUCUGUGUUUUAUUAAGAGACAACUUUUCUCUAUUAACAGCCCUAGCUGCUCUGGAAUUUACUCUUUACACCAGGCUGGCCUCAAACUCAUAAUCUUUUCUUACAGUACCACUAUGUCCUUUCCAGGUUCAGCUAUUUCCUUGUUCCCUUAACCUGUCACCCUUGACUAGCAAAAAGUUAUUUGGGAGGAUGUCUUUCAAAUGCAUGCUGGGAAAUGAGCCCAAAUUUCAUGCAAAGUACUCAGCUUGUACAAAGAUGCUGUUUUUGUGCUACCUUUUCUCAAGAGAAAUGUUAGGAUGAAUUAGAAAUGAAGACAUUACUAGAUAAGCUACUUCGAGUUUAGUUGAUAGAGGUGCUAUUAGCCCACCAUGCAAGAAGUUCUGGGCUUGAUACUCAGCACUGUGCAGGUGGAGCUGUAAUCUCAAAAGGUGACAAGAUCAGUUCAAGGCCAGCAUGGGAUAGGUGAGACCCUAUCUGGUUGAAAGAAGUUGUAUUAGUAUUGCUAGAGAAACUAGGCUCUCCCAACAGUUGUUCUGGGAAUGGAUUAUUGAUGUCUUUAAAAAGCUAAGGGGCCUAGUAUUAUGCAUCUAGCCAAAUUACAAAUUCCUUUUCAUGUUAAGAACUUGUACCUGACCUUACCAUCUCUCCAGCGUAUACCUCUUGCCUGUGCUUAGCCUUGUACUCUGAGGACAUAUUGUCCUAUGCUACUCUGAAAGGCCAGUCAUCUCAUAGUUUAAUAAUUUUGACCUUAUCUAGGCCAGACUAUCCCCAAACAUAAAUUAUGUAGCAGAGAAUCUUUAACUUCCAGUUGUCCUGAACACUCAUAUUACAGGUGUCCAUUACCAUGCCUGAAUUUUUUUCGAGACGGGGUCUAUUAUAUAGCCCUGGCUAUCCUUGAACUAUGUAGAUGGCCAACUUCAAACUCAAAUUUAUGGCAGUCUGUUUUCUGACAUUUAGAAUCACAGGCAUGUGCUACUACAUACAACUCAGCAAUUAUUGCUGGUCCUGCUCCUAAUCAUCUACCACCUUCCUGUCUUUAGCCAACAAGGUUAUUCGCAAUGUAAUGGCACCUAAGACUUGAGAUAAAGAAUUGCUAAUUUAGUCUGCUGUCUCUCAAAUGCUGGGAUUCCAACUGAGCCACAAAGGCUUUCUAGGCUCCUUGAAAUCACCAAACCUUUACCAGACAAUGCCAUAGGUUUUCUGCUACUAAUUUUAAUAAGGUUCAGUUAAAAAACCUUUUCAACACUAAAAACUAAAAAGUGCCUUCUUGUUACCACAUAAGCCCCCACCCCCUUCAGGGAAACCCACAUUUCUUGAAUUCUAGAGAAUUUUCCCCAUUUAGAUAGCAGGGGCAUACUAAUACUAGUUCUGGCUAGUCCAUUGCUUGAGGGAUGGGGAGGAGACACCUAACUCCAAAGCAUACAACAUGUAAGUGUUCACUCCAAGCUUCUAAACCAUGACCUUAUUGUUGAAAACCUUUUCUUUGGCAAUGGCAGUGGAACAUAUGUAGAUUUUACCAUGGCAAAUAACAAACGGAUACAGUUUGGGUAGAACCUAGCAUUUUAUUUAGAUCUUCAUUAAACUGUUGGAAUUGAGAACCAGACAUACGUAAUAAACCUCCAAAAAUAGAUCCUGAAAGGCACUUUCUUGCUUAGGGCAAGCAGUCACAUGGAAUAAGCAUGUAAACAAGCUGGCUUCUCUGUACCACACCAGCCAAGUCAGCUUUCUCCAUGGCCAGCUGCACCAGCUCUGCCCUCUCUUCUGUUAACACCAGCCAGACCCCCUGUAGGUCUAACCCAAGGUUUUUCUGUAGGACACCUUGGCCUACCUGGGAAUGCUGGAAACAUGUUAAAGGAAUCAUGGUGUUGAGGAAAAAAAAAAUCUUUUAAAAGCUGCCAUCUGAGGUGAUGGCUUCUCUGUACUUACGCCAUACCCCAGAAUACAAUAAAUAAGCAAUUAGAAAAUGUUCAAGUAUGAAGGGAUUUUCUCCUCCCCGCCAAAAGCACUGCUCUCUGAAGGAAGCUGGUUUCUCUGUAGCUACACCAGCUGUUCAGAAAGCUCAUUGGACCUGGUUUUGAAAAUAAAACAAAGUUAAAACCCUGGGAGGAGCUAUUGUGCAGUGGAGUACUGUCUUUCUUAUAAAGAAAAAAAAGUUACCUGGUACCAAAGUGUGCAACCUACAGACCCUCAGGUACUGCCCUGUGACUUCUCUGUAUGACAUCACAAGGGUGCCAAGUGCCUGUUUUUCUAGACUAAGAAGUUGGUGAGGUUUGGCUAGUGCUGAAACCAUGCAUAGGAUUGGUUUACUAAAUAAAACCUUAUUACGUACGUCCUCCAAAGACAGCUGAAAAGUGGAGAGAUUUUGAUUUGGUGCUGUUUAAAAGGUGGCAAUUAAUAGCAUAAGCACCAGGGAGAUGGUUUAAUUGUAACUGCCUUUUUUUUGAAGUCAGGCUAGAGCUCCAACUGAAACUUGCGUUUCAUGCAAGAUUGAUUGGAUAGGGACCACUCCCUGACAAAGAACUACAUAAUUAGAAAUGACCAAGUUACAGGGAGGAUAAGGAGAGGGGCUUCACAUUCAAUAAAUAGAGCUCAAGACAUUACAAAUUCAUGCUGACAGGGCUAUGGCAUUGCCAAAGUCUAUAGUCAAACUACGAGUACUUUACGUGCACAUUACAAGGACAUUUUCAGCAUCUGGUGGGAAAGUAAUUGCAAUUAGGACUUUGGAGGAUUAGGUGAUAGGACACAAAGAUUCGAUUUCAAAGCAUUAUUCACUACAGUGUUUGUUUCUAGGCAGUUACAUGGAUCACCUAUGCUCACUAUAUCCAUUAUAAUGGUGAACAAAACACCUAGGGACAGAAUAGCAAGCCCAACUUACAGUUCCCCACAAAAGCUAAAAUUCAUGUCAUUGAUUAGAGUGACUGCAACUGAUCAGGAGCUGAAAGAGGACAGAAAAAUUUAGGAAAAGGGCCCUUUCCCUCAGAGCUUGAAGGCUUCUCUGUAGCCUACGCCAACAA